AUGGGAAGCAGUUCAAGCAUUGGUGCGCAACGGGUCAAAAACGUGUGUGUUGCAUUUCGGGCUGCAUCCGAGCUGAAUAAUCGGGCCGGGUGCUUGAGAGCAUUAGAGGUGCUAGAAUGUGAGUAUUGUUAUCUCAAGAGCAAACUGCAUGAACUCUUGGAGAUUGAGCAGCAAAGAACGCUAGCAGCUUCAGUAAGAUACCCUCAGCAACAGCACCCAAACAACCCCUGA